GCGCCGCGGGGGACGGACGUCCUUUUUUUUCCCUUCGCGAUGACCACUAAACCGAGUUUGGAGUCGGACUGGGCGCGAGCUCCGCCGCCCUCAGGCCCGGCGUGGAGGCAAAUCGCCCACGCGUUGUACAACCCAGAGGAGAAAAGCUUCUUAGGGCGGACGCCCAAGCGAUGGGGAAUCGUCCUGGUGUUCUACUCGGUGUUCUACGCGGUGCUGGCCCUGAUGUUCGCGGCCUGCAUGGGAGGACUGUUCAUGACGCUGGACUACCGGACCCCCACCUACAUCCUCGAGAAGUCACUCAUAGGAAAUAAUCCAGGAGUAGCAGCGCGACCGCGACCGACAGAUGGCGGCGCGGUCGUGCGGUACGACAGCGACAACUCAACGGGGGUCGAUGCUUACGUCAAACAGCUAAAUGAGUUCUUUGGAUUUGAUGUGGUAUACUCGAUGUGGUCGUACGUCGCGCCUCACAAUACAUUUUAUAGAGCUGUUGUGGCCGCGCCCUGA